AUUACUGACCUCUCAACCCCUUCAAAUUCCCAUUUCUCACUCUCUCUCUCUAACCCAAACACAAACCCAACCUUUUACAUCGUUUGAGAAUUCUCUCCUCUUUCUCUCUCUAAAAGAUCUAAGUCUCUCUCUCUCUCUCUCUCUGACGAGAAGGAUUCCUAGAUCUUCUUUGUGUUUUUCUCUCUGUGAAGCUCGGAAUCGCAAUCAGAAUCGGAAGAAAUGGCUCAGAGGACAGAGAAGGAGGAGACGGAGUUCAAGGUUCCAGAGAAGAUAACUCUCUGCGUCAACAACUGCGGCGUCAUCGGGAAUCCUGCGACGAACAACAUGUGCCAGAACUGCUUCAACGCCACGACAACGACGGCGGCGGCGUCGACCUCAACCACCGCAAAUUUGAAGUUCUCCGGCGAGAAGAGCUCCUCCUCAGCGAUCUCCAGCUCGUCUCGACCGACGGAUCGGCGAUCCGCUAGUCCGGCGGAGAAUAGCCGCAAGACGACGGCUGACAGCGCAAGAUCGGAGGAGGAUGAGGCGGUUCCGGCGAAGCGCGUGGUGAAUCGGUGCUCAGGAUGUCGGAGGAAGGUCGGGUUAACCGGGUUCCGGUGCCGGUGCGGCGAGCUCUUCUGCGCCGAGCACCGGUAUUCGGACCGCCACGAUUGCAGCUACGACUAUAAAUCCGUCGGCCGCGAGGCCAUCGCGAGGGAAAAUCCGGUCGUCAAGGCUGCGAAGAUCGUCAGGGUUUGAUCGAUCGAUCGAUUUGUAGAAAUGAAAAUCAAAAAAGAAAAGUUCAGAAACCAGGAAUUUCUCAAAAAGGAAUUGGAGAAGAACUCUAGAAGAUGAGCGAUGAAUUCACCGGGAUCGCGAUUGGAUCCCCCUCCGAUCUCUCUCUCGGAGAUUGAUUAGAGACUUCUAGAAAAAAAAUUAAUUAAGAGAGAGAGAGAUAGAGAGGAAAAGAUUGUUAAUCGAAGAUUAAAAUUUCUCUCUGAUAAUUAUCUUUUUUUCUUGAUUUUUA